AUGUUGGCCUUUGCCCUCCCAUUGGAACAAGGUACACCUACUAGUUUUUCUUCUGAUAAAAAUGAGAAAGAUGCAGAACUCCCAGUUUUAAUGGAUCAGUUAUUUGCUCAUAAUACUGGUCUACACAAGAGGUCACUUGGUGACAACUUUGACCAACGGUUGAAGGUAACACAUUCCAGUUUUGUCACAACUGCCGAUAAUCGGUUCAUUUUUGCCUGUGGAUUCUGGGAUAAAAGUUUCAGGAUUUUUGCAACUGAAUCUGCUAGAAUAGUACAGGUGAUCUAUGGCCAUUUUGACAUUGUCACAUGCAUCACCAAAUCAGAAAGUAAUACAAACCAUGAUUGCUACAUUGUCACUGGUUCUAAAGAUUGCACUGUUAUGGUUUGGCAGUUUAAUGCCCGAACUCAAGCUAUUGUUGGUGAUAUUGGAAAUGCGGUCUUUGUUUCAGCUGCAGAGAAACCAACCCCCAAAGCAACACUCACUGGACAUCAAACUGAAGUCGUAUGUGUGGCUGUCUUCUCAGAACUUGGACUGGUUGUUAGUGGCUCUAAAAAUGGGCCGUGCCUUGUCCAUGCUCUAACAGGUGACUUGUUGAGGUCUCUUGAUCCUCCUGAAGGUUGUUUUUCUCCUGAAUUAAUCACUAUGUCAAGAGAAGCAUUUGUGCUGGUUAAGUUUGACCAAGGCAAUAUUUGUAACUUCACAAUCAAUGGAAGACUUCUACAGCAUGUAAAGCAUAAAGAUAAUAUCAUGUCAAUGAUAUUGAGUCGAGGUGGAGAAUAUCUUAUCACUGGAGGUGACUGUGGGGUGGCUGAUGUUUGGCGAACUCAUGACCUGACACUUCUUUAUUCUUAUCCUAAAUGUGAUGGCAGCAUUCAUUCAUUGUCCUUGUCACAUGAUGAAAGACUCUUACUUCUUGGUCUUGGAACUGGAUGCCUUCUUGUUUUCUUCAUUGACUUCAACAAAUGGCACCAUGAAUAUCAGGAUAGGUACUAA